GUAGGCCCCCAGGCUGCCAUGGUACCACUUGGGGUUGGCAGCCUGGAGUUCCCAGGCCCUCCUACCUCCCAGGAACGUCCUUUCCCUUAAACGUUAAAUAAAGCCACCAGGAUGUGUUGAUGGAUUGGAUGCGGGGUGUGAGAGUGGGACUCAAGAUGCCUCCUAAGUUUCUGGGUACUCUAGGCCCAGCACCUUCCACAGCGGCUCUGACGAAUUCAAAGCAGCCUCUGCUUGCUCCUAAACUUUACUCUUGCUUCCAGCAGCUGCUGGCCUCUCACCAGCAGAGAACAUGCCCCCUUUUGUGCUGAUUUCCCCGAAGCAGCAUGAGCACAAGGCAGGUUUUUACGGGUAACUGAGAGUGGCUACGUCGUACUUCAGCACCUAACUUUAAAAAGACUAUUAGGCAUCCCUGCCAGUAGUACUCACUGAAUUUUUCUCACUCAGGAGAGCAUAUCAAAAUACGAGUGAGCAAGAUGGUGAUGUAAUAAGCAUUAUUUGGGAUGUGCCCUUUACUUAUAUUUUUAUAUAAACCAUUGGUUACUUGGGGGUUAUAACAUGUAGCCUUUCUGAGAACAUUUCUUGAGUGCCAGGCACUGUGUCCUGUUACGUUUAUGCUCUCAGUUACCCACACAGCAAUCUCUAAGGUGCCAGCACUAUUAUAACUGAAGCCCAGAGAGGUUUUCAAAACUUUGUUCAGGUCCCACAGGUAGAAAAAUGGCAGAAACAAGAUAUGAACUUGGGUCGAUUGAGGUCCAGAGCUAAGCUCGUAAAGGCCAGACUGUUGCCUCUGCUUAUUACUAAUUGAACUUUGGACAGAUGCCUCACGACUGAUUGUGACAUUCUAGCAAGUUUUGACUUGGCUGAGACCCGCUGGUCUAAAAGCUCCGUGCUCCCUUCUGGCCCUGAAGACCUGAGCCAACAGGUCCAGGUCCGGGUCCAGGUGUCUCCUACCCACCCUGGAAUGCUUCGUUCUCUGUUGACAAAUAUUUAUCGAGCACUAGCCAUAAAUAGUGAUCAUUUAUUGAGCAUUUAGGUGCUGUGAGCCGUGUUAAAUGUCUUACCUUGAUUUUCCCAUUUAGUUCUCACAACUAACCUUUGUAAGAAGUAGUUUUUUUAUAAAGUUUUAUAUUUAUUUAUUUAUUUAAUUUAUUUAUUUUUGGCUGCAUUGGGUCUUCGUUGCUGCAUCCGGGCUUUCUCUAGUUGCGGCGAGCGGGGACUACUCUUCAUUGCGGUGGCUUCUCUUGUUGCGAAGCACGGGCUCUAGGCGCGCAGGCUUCGGCGUUUGUGGCGUGUGAGCUCAGUAGUUGUGGCUUGUGGGCUCUAGAGCCCAGGCUCAGUAUUUGUGGCGCACGGGCUUAGCUGCUCCGCUGCGUGUGGGAUCUUCCUGGACCAGGGCUUGAACCCGUGUCCCCUGCAUUGGCAGGCAGAUUCUUAACCACUGCACCACCGGGGAAGCCCAGAAGUAGUUUUUAAUCAUCCCAGUUUUACAGAUGGGAAAACUGAGGGUUCGAGGGCUUAGGUGUGGGACUUGCGCAAGGUCACACCAUUGGUAAGUGGCAGCCUCCAGGAUCCUUGCUCUUCACAAACUUGUGCUCUGCUGUCCUGGCCACUGUUCCCGGUGUGGGGGCAUAGCUGGGACUAAGGCAGGAUCGCUCCUGUCCUCAAGCAGUUUACAUUCCAGCAGAGGGGAGAGAGAGAGAAAACAGUGAACUGCACACAGUUGUUACAGUACAGCUGCGGUGACUGCUGGAGGGCGAGGAGCAGGGUGUGUGCCAGGGAACCUGGCUGGGUCUGGGACUCUGGAGUGCCUCCCUGAAGAGGUGUCUUGAGCUGAAGAAGCCCAGGUAGGGUGUAGGAGGAAGCAGGCUGUGAGGAGAAAUGCACCACUGGACCGCUUAGGGAACUCCCUGUCUUAGGUUUAAUAGGAUGUCUCUGUGUUGACAGUAACCUAAGGAGGCAAAGACAGAGCAGGAGGGGAGGUGACAGUGACUCUGGUCAAGGGUAGAAACAGUUGCCAGGGGCAGAAGAGGGGCGCUUCUGGACAUAGUAGGAGGUGAAGCCCACCAGGAUCUGUCAGUGGGUUGGGUUUGGGGUGUGAGAGAGGAAUUAAAAAUGUCUCCUAGAUUUCUGCUUGAGCAGCUGGACAAAUGGGGUUGCAGGUUUUGGAGGGGUAGGUUGGGGGCUCCAUCUAGAACUGCAUAAGUUUGUAGUGUCUUCCAGGCGCGCAGGAGGAGGCAGUGGGAUACGUCUAGAGUUCAGGCUGGUCUAGGCCAGAGACGGAGAUUUGAAAGCCCAUGACUUGGGAGCAUCGAGUACAGCUGUCCAGCCUCCAACGAGUGCGAGAUCACCAAGCGGAGACGCAAGGCCUGCCAGGCCUGUCGCUUCACCAAGUGCCUGCGGGUGGGCAUGCUCAAGGAGGGGGUACGUCUGGACCGUGUCCGGGGUGGGCGACAGAAGUACAAGCGGCGGCCAGAGGUGGACCCGCUGCCCUUCCCAGGCCCCUUCCCUGCUGGACCUCUGGCAGUAGGUGGAGGCCCUCGAAAGACAGCCCCGGUGAAUGCACUGGUGUCCCACCUCCUGGUGGUUGAGCCUGAGAAGCUGUAUGCCAUGCCCGACCCAGUGGGCCCUGAUGGACACCUCCCAGCCGUGGCUACCCUCUGUGACCUCUUUGACCGAGAGAUCGUGGUCACCAUCAGCUGGGCCAAGAGCAUCCCAGGUUUCUCGUCACUGUCGCUGUCUGACCAGAUGUCAGUUCUGCAGAGCGUGUGGAUGGAGGUCCUGGUGUUGGGUGUGGCCCAGCGGUCGCUUCCACUGCAGGAUGAGCUGGCCUUCGCCGAGGACCUGGUCCUGGAUGAAGAGGGGGCUCGAGCAGCUGGCCUGGGGGAGCUGGGGGCUGCCCUGUUGCAGCUGGUGCGGCGACUGCAGGCCCUGCGGCUGGAACGCGAGGAAUACGUUCUGCUGAAGGCCCUGGCCCUCGCCAAUUCAGACUCUGUGCACAUUGAAGAUGCUGAGGCUGUGGAGCAGCUUCGAGAAGCUCUACACGAGGCCCUGCUGGAGUAUGAAGCUGGCCGGGCAGGCCCCGGAGGGGGUGCUGAGCGGAGGCGGGCAGGCAGGCUGCUGCUUACACUACCGCUCCUUCGCCAGACGGCAGGCAAAGUGCUGGCCCAUUUCUAUGGGGUGAAGCUGGAGGGCAAGGUGCCCAUGCACAAGCUGUUCCUGGAGAUGCUUGAGGCCAUGAUGGACUGAGGCGAGGGCUGGGCACAGGUGGGGGUGCUGGCAGGACCCGCCCAGCACGGGGUCAGCCCCAAGGGGGCAGAGCUGGGGUCUGGGCAGUGCCACAGCCUGCUGGCAGGGCCAGGGCAACACCAUCAGCCGGAGCAGGCCCUAUGCCCUCCCCUCCCCCCAGGGGGUGUCAGAAGCUGGGAACGUGCAUGCCCAGGCUCUGGGCACAGUGCUGCCCCUCGCAAGCCAUAACGUGCCCCCAGGGUGUAGGGGGCCUUGCGGAAGCCAUAGGGGGCUGUAGGGGACGUGUGUGUGUGCGCGUGUGUGUGUGCGUGUAUGUGGGGUGGGGGGGGGGCAGAAGCCUGAUCUCAGGGAGGGAAGGGAGUGGAGGCCACAGGCUCCCAGUGGGUGAUGCUUUUGCUGCUGCUUAAUCCGACUCCCUCUCCAGAACAGAGAGGGAUUUGGAGAGCAAAGGCCCCUGCUCCCUUCGCUCCUUUCCUCAUCAUUUGCAUUGGGCAUUACUGCCCCCCUCCCUUGAAGCAAUAACUCCAAGCAGGCUCCAGCCCCUGGGCCCCUGGGGCGGCCAGGGCGCCCACAUCAGCUCCCACCCAGCCUCCUCACGGGGUAGGGAGAGCACUGUCUCUAUGCCCUGCAGAGCAAUAACACUAUAUUUAUUUUUGGGUUUGGCCAGGGAGGCGCAGGGACAUGGGGCAAGCCAGGGCCCAGAGCCCUUGGCUGUACAGAGACUCUAUUUUAAUGUAUAUUUGCUGCAAAGAGAAACCGCUUUUGGUUUUGAACCUUUAAUGAGAAAAAAAAUAUAAUACCGAGCUCAAGAA